AUGUCCAAACAGAUCACGACCAGCCUCAAGGCUAUGGACCCUCUGAGUCUGGUAAUCUAUGAAUGCACAAUCAUUGUCUCGGCCAUGCGAAAAACCACAAGAUGGUCCCAGAACGGUGUGGGAAGCGGUGUGGCCGCUAUUCUCGGCGGCCAAUUCAACAGAGAUAGUUCUCCUUAUGUUGAAGAUGAUUACCCUACUCUAAACAACAUAUUUGGUUUGAAAAACUCGCGAUUUGACCCAGACAAACAGGGUAAUCUGUCAUACUCGGCAGUAAUGCACAGCAAAUUCAAAGAUGACAAUCCUUUUCUAAGUGCGUUUAUACAACUGAGAUCGCUGGUGAGCUCAGCCAAGUCACUUGAGUCCAUUGAUUCGUUGACUUUGUUACAGCCGUUUUUGGUGGUAAUCAGAUCCCCUGUGACCUCAGCGCAUGUUACUACUUUGGCUUUAAACUCGAUCUCAAGGUUUUUGCGCUACAACAUUAUCAAUGAAAAUCUCGCCAGCAUCGAACAGACACUGCCUCAAAUUGUAUCGUCGCUGUCUCAUUGCAAGUUCGAGGGUGUUGACCAAUCGCAGGAUGAGGUCCUUCUGAUGAAGGUGUUGACAUUGAUAGAGGCUUUUGUCAAAUCUGAUAUGUGUGACUUGCUUCCUGAUGAGGCAAUGUAUGAGGCCAUUACAACCUGUUUCUCGCUGUCCAUCAAUAGCAGAAGGAAAGAGUUGUUGAGGAGAGCUGCCGAGGUCACGUUGACUUCAAUCACCGUCAAACUUUUUGAAAGAUUGCGACUCAUAGCUGUGACAGAAAAGGAUCAUCGAAAGCACUCUGAGUCCGAGGUUGAGAUAGUUGUGGGAAAUGAAGAUCACAGUUUGCCACAGGACACCAUUGGUGGUACUGAAAUCUCGAAAGCUGAGUCUAAGGAAGAACCUGCAGGGCAGGCAACAGAUAUUGCUGAAGGAUCAUUACAAGGGAGCACAACUUCAACGCCUGAGCCAUCAGAAAAGGCUUCAGAGCCUUCGGAAAGAGUCACAGAGACCCAUCUCCCAUUUGGCGUCCCUUGCAUCAAAGAAUUUCUGGUCCAUACUGUGGGGAUUAUCGCUCCUGAAAACCAGUUCCAGUAUACAGAAAGUUCUAGGAUAUUUGCUCUAGAGCUUCUCACAACUGUGAUUGAAGUCUCCAGUGAUGUUCUUCCAGACCACCCUGAAAUAUUUGCAUUGAUAUCUGACUCUACAUGUCACCAUUUAGCCCAUAUCAUCCAGAGUUCUGACUCUCCGUCACUAUUACAGUCGGCAUUACAGCUUUUCAUCACUCUGACCAUUUCGCUGGGAUCCCUAUUGAAGAUCCAGGUAGAGCUGAUUCUCAAUUCUAUUUCCAAGGCAAUUGUAACUGACUUUGCCAAACUGGAAGAGGAUCUGAGCCAUAACUUCGACAGAGUAAUGAAGAUGGGUCAGCUCGAUCCUGAUGAGACAAACGAAGAAAGCCAGAUUGCGGAAAGCUCGGACAUUCUCAUGGCAAAAGAUGGCAGAACGUCCUUGAGCAAGGAGAUCCUCGUUGAGGCAAUUUCGAUUCUAUGGAUAAGAACACCUACCUUCUUUGCCAAUCUCUUCAAGUUGUACGAUUGCGACUUCGACAGAAGUGAUGUUUGUGAAAACCUGAUCAGGUUAUUGUGCCGUUUGUCGUUGGCAGACACUGCUCUUUUCACGACUGAUAAUGUUCCUCCAAUAUGUUUGGAGGGUUUGCUUUCAUUUGUUAAUGGGGUUCACGAACAUGUCAGAAUCUUGGUUAAACAGAACACUGAUACUGAGAAACUCAAACCGCAUCCACUUGUGCUCCAAAAGGAGAAGAAGAAGGAGUUCAUCGAGUGCACAAAGCUUCUGAACGAAAAUCCCAAAAAGGGGUUGGCAAUGCUCAAUGAGAAGGGUUUCAUCAAAGAUCUAGAUGAUCUGGAUGAAGUUGCUCAUUUUCUGCAUGAGAAAUCGGGAAGAGUCGACAAAAAGAUGCUUGGUGAACUACUGGCCAAACCUGCAAAUGCUGGCCUUUUGAAGCAGUUCUUGGAGCUGUUUGAGUUUAGUGGAUUGCGCGUUGACGAGGCACUACGUGUGCUGCUGAAAAGCUUUCGUUUACCAGGAGAAUCCCAGCAAAUUGAGAGGAUUGUAGAAACGUUCAGUGAAAGGUACGUCUCUUGUCAGACUGAGAGUGAUGAUGAAAAGGAAACAGCGAGGGUUGAAACUUUAGCCACUCCUGCUGAAUCUGAGGGGAGCAAGGUGGUUCCUGAUAAAGACGCUGUCUUUGUUCUGUCUUACUCCAUCAUCAUGUUGAACACCGAUCUUCACAAUCCGCAAGUCAAACAGCAAAUGAAGCUGGAGGAAUACCAAAGAAAUCUGCGUGGGGUUUACAAUGGCAAGGAUUUUCCAGCGUGGUAUCUGGAGAAGAUUUACUUCUCUAUCAAAGAGCGUGAGAUAAUUAUUCCAGAAGAGCAUCAUGGAAGCUCGCAGUACUAUGAUUUGGCGUGGAAGAACCUUAUUGCUGAGCAGGAAAGCAAGGAGCAACCAAAAGGUACUGAGGCACCACUUGAUGUGGACGAUGGUGAUUCUAAUAACAUUGCACCCUUUGACAAAAUUAUCUUCAAAUAUGUUUGUGGUCAGAUUGUUAGUGCUCUGAUUAGCAUUUUCGAGGAGGCUGCUGAUGAUCAAAUUAUCACAAAGAUGAUGGCAACUAUUGACAGAUGUGCUACUAUUGCAACAUACUACGGCAUGGUAGACAUUGUGGAAACAAUAGCCGAGGUACUAGCUCACAUGACUACCUUGACUGGUGUCAAAAAGUCAGACUUGAUGCUUGAGAACGCUGCUAAUUCAGAGCUGAUUCCUACUACCGAGGUCAAACUUGAAAAGGAGGGUGAGAUUAUUACAGUUAGUGAGGUUUCAGUCUGGUUUGGCCGCGAUUUCAAGGCUCAAUUAUGUACUGUGGUACUCUUCCGUGUCUUGAAGAAAAACAAUUGGAGGGUUUCGAAAGCGUGGGAAUUCACUAUGAGAAUAAUCUUCACUCUGUUUGAGAACUGUCUUCUUGAGCCUGAUGUGUUCCCAGAGUUCCAAAAGAAAUACGGUUUCGAGUCUUUGCCCAAGCCUAAGCCAGAAUUCCAGAUCAAUAGGAGUCAGGCGUUAAAGGAAAGCGGUCUAUUCUCAACGUUUUCCUCGUAUUUGAAGGGUCUCUCUGAUGACAGACCAGAGCCUACAGACGAGGAGAUUGAAUCCACUUUGUCUACAAUCGACUGUAUCAAGUCAAGCAGCAUUGUUCCACUUUUUGGCCAUGUGGCAAAGACUGAUUCGGAAAACAUCAAGGAGCUUGUUUCCUUGUUGCUUGAAUCAUUUCCUCCUCAACUAGAGGAAACUGCUAGGUUUUACGUCUCCGAGUGUCUGUUCAUCCUGGAAAUAUCUGUCUAUUUGUGCACAUUGUUGACUGAAGACACGGAAUCUACACUUGCGGUGUUGAAGAAGUGUGCUUCCUUGAUUGAAAUAUCUGAAAAGGAGUUUGCAUUCCCGCCAUCUGCAGUCAUUCGUGUUAGCGUUUAUCAGCUCAUUUUGCUGAAGAGCACAGAAGACAAAGAGUCAUUGGUUAACACAAUCACCACACUACACACGGUUGUUGAAUCUGACAGAGAAGCCAUCAUCAAAUCAGGCACUUCUCUUUUGAAGCCUCUAGAAGAUCUCAUGUCUCUAAGCAUAUGGUCUAGAAAAAUUCUUGUGACCGAUGUGAAAUAUUGGACUGUUAUUAGAGUUUUCGCGUCUUCUCCCAAAUAUGUUGAACGGGUGUAUGCCUUCCUGGAAGAUGUUCUGGGGUCAAAGCCAUCACCCGUGGUUCCUGAAACGUAUAUGCAAAUUCUGGGUCUACUCGAUGAAAUAUCCGCUGUUGGGGCAUACGGUGCUCAAUGGGAACAGGAAUAUGAAAAGCUCAUGUCCACGGGUCACACUCUGGAUCAGUACAAAAAUCCUUUCAAGGAGCUGGUUUCCACUGCGUUGAAGUCUAUCAAUCUGACUUUAGGAUUAUCUAAUGCCAUCGCCUUCCAGGAGAAGAAGCGUUCUAGUGAGGGCUUGAAGCCUGAUGCUGAAGCCAUGUCGUGGUAUCCUCUCAUCGAAGCAGUUGCUCAUCAAUGUUAUAACCCAUGUCGUCAAUUGAGAGCAGAGGCCCUAAAGUCUCUGCGAAUGCUGAUUGUUUCAAAUGACCUGGGAGAAAACGUCACCUCUGAAGGGGUCAUCGAUGUCGGAUGUAUGCGUUUGCUUGUGGAGCUUCUAAAGCCCGAAGUCGAGGCCACAGAUCCGAAUGGAAUGAUCAAGACUCAAUCUGAAGUGAUCAAGCUUACAUGCGAGACUCUGUUGAACUACAACCUUGCACACCCGACCACGAUAGUCUCAAAGUUCCUGAAAAUUGUUUCCAAGUUCCUGGUUAAGAAUGCUGCAAAGCCAGCCUUCAAGGAUCAAACCUCAGAUUCUCUGAAGAACAUGUUCGUGAUUAUGAAGGAUAAGUUGGAGAUUGAGAAAAUAACAUCGUUGGAGAUUGAUGAGUCCAUCAUCGCGUUGAUACAGAACCCUGCCAAUGAACCUGCUACAUAA